CCGAUUGCAGCAUUUACUCCCGGCCUCUGCCCUCCGCACUCCAAAGAGCGAGAGCCCCCGAGCCCGGCAAAUAAAAGGCGCGAGACACUGCAUCCCCUCACGGUUAAAUCAACUCCCGGCCCACUCCAAGCUAAGCUUCCGAUCCCUCGUAAUGGCAUCCAACUCAUUCUCGCCUCCCUCGCCGCCGUACUACACCGUCCCCGCCGACUCUGUCGACAGCCCCGCCUCUGACUCCGUGACUUCCGCCCUCCUCAUCAUCUUCGCUCUCCUCUUCUUCGUCUGCCUCGCUUCCAUCGCCAUCCACACCUUCCUCCGCUACCUCUCCCGCUCUUCGUCCUCUGAUUCGCUUCCGCCGCUCCCCCAGACGGAUCGUACUCGCCGCGCCGAGACAGGGAAUGAUGAUCCUGCUGCGGCGGAGAGGAAGGAUGAAGCGGGCGACGAGAAGCAGCGGCUGAUUGAGUCGCUGCCCCGGUUCACCAUGGCGUCGGCGCUGGCGGCGCUGCCGAAGAGCUCCCCGGACUGCGCCGUCUGCCUGUCGCCCUUCACCCCGGACGCCGAGCUCCGCCUGCUCCCGGCCUGCCGCCACGCGUUCCACGCCGCCUGCGUCGACGCGUGGCUCCGCGCCGCCGCCCCGACCUGCCCGCUCUGCCGCGCCGCCGUGACGCUCCAGCACCCCUCUGUCGCCGCCAUCCUCGCGGCCGCCGCCCAGCCCCCGCCGGGGCCGGAGACGAGGAUGAGCAGCAGCAGAGAGUACCGGUCCAGAAGCUUCCGCGUCGAGAUGGGCAGCGUCGUCAGCAGCCGCGGCUCGUCCCCUGCCGCAGCCGGCAGCGACAGCCGCACCUACUCGCUCGGCUCCUUCGACUACCACAUCGACGAGGAGGUCGAGGCCGUCGUGCCCCGCACGGCGCGCGCCGACAUUACCAAGGAAGAGAAACCUUCGGCGGCUCCGGGGACGCCAUCGCCUCCAGGGGAAGCGGUGGCCGAAGCGGCAGGGUCGUCGCCUUCGACGCGUGGCUGGCUAAGGGACUACUUGGACCGCUUUACCUCCUCGGCCUCGUCAUCGUUCUCCUUCUCCGGGCGGUGGAGCUCCCGGUGGAGCCAGAACAAUCAAGGCCAGAGGAACGAGGAGCCGUGGCUGUGGGACACAGAGGCGGCGGCGGUGCCGGCGGCGGGGUCGGACGAGGAGGAGACGGCGUUCAUGGUGCUGUACCGGUGGAUCGCCGCGGUAUAAACUGUAAUUACUGAAAGUGCUGAGGGUUUCUUUCUGCGCUAAGCUGUCAAUGUAGGAUGCCGUGGUGUUAUUACAAACUGAAAAGGAGGGAGUGGCCUCUGUCAGGUGAAUGUGAAUCCGAUGCUUUGGAAGCUUCUAUUGUAGGUGCGAGCAGUUGGCAGUUGUAGUGCAGAUAGGAUAGUCUGUCCUGGGAGUUUGGAUCUUGGAAAAAACAAGCAAAAUUGAUGAAGAACAGGAUAGAAUCCAUGGA